AUGAGCUCCAAACGACGAUCGGCUGCUGCAGCUUCCCCAGAUGUCAGAUCCCGCGCAAAGCGUCAAAAGGUCUCCGAUGAUGACAUCGACGAAACAUCCAGUCGUGUGUCCUCACACAUAGAGUCAGAGGAUGACGAAGAUCCAGAAUCGCAGGACUAUUCCGAGGUAGACUUUGAGGGUGAUAGUCUGCAGAGCGCUCAGGACAAGAUCAUGUCCGAGCUGACCAAGCUUCAGGAUGAUGACGGCCAAGAAGUAGCUUACCCUUUCAUUGGGAAACCGGAUCGCACCUUAUACCGGGACUAUUAUGAGCUCAUCCAGCACCCCGUUUCGUUGCGAAGUAUACAGAAGAAAGUUCGGGGCACGGACAGCCGAAAGAAUACAUCUAAGACAACCGCUUAUCCAACUUGGCAAUCCUUUGAGGAGGAGGUCAGCUACAUUUGGCGAAAUGCCAGGGAAUACAACGAAGACGACAGUGAGAUAUCGGCGCUCGCGGGAAUUCUAGAGAACUAUUUUUGGAAUCGAGUUGCGGAAGCCAAGAAGCUUGUUCCGAACCCCCAGGUAGAUGGAACCCUUGAGAUGCCUCGCAUCAAAUUGAAGAUGGGCGCAUCGGUACCACCAAUAACGGGAAGAUUAACCUUGAAAAUGCCUGCACAGGGUUCUGAAACGAUAUCCCAAACCAACGGGCAGCGAUCGAAUACCUUGGCCAACCGCGAGCCUUCGGAUUCACAACCAGAGGCACCCGGUGGAUCAGCUAGCCAGAAUGUCAGUACAUCACCUCCGGCACGGUCGUUGAGGAACCUUAACAGCCCCGGGGCGAGUGUGGGUACCACAGCUACCUCAGAUCAACCUUUCCUGGGUGCACGGGGGCUAUCGAGCGUGGUCAAAGCCGAAACACCGAUGUCGAUUUCCACACCACAAGCCCCGGCGCGUGCAGCUCUCGGGACUUCUGCUGAUAGUGCUCGUCAAUUCUCUCCCCCUAACACACUCUCGUACCAAUAUCCUGGCCCAUCACCCAUGGAUUGCGUUUUGAGACAAUCAGGCCAAGAUGCAAGCAUGGCUCUCAUCCGCAAUGUCCAGAUCGCCACGCACACUUCCUUGUCACUGCAGCCUGAUUUUUGUCUCGACAUUCCGCCAUCGUCGCUUGUAUCACAACAAAGUCUCAUGAUUCAUCUUCCCUCUUCACAUAAUCUACUGACUCUCAAGCCUCGUCUGGCAGCCAGUACUGGUCAGCGACAGGUGAAGAUAGUCGCUCUAACUGGAAUGCAGCGUUUGCAGCCGUCUGGUGAUUCAUCUACACCUGUGUAUGACAUCCGUUUGCACCCCGGUAUGACCAAGGUUGAUUUGGAAGCCAUUGCGGGACCGGCCAGGGGGGUUCCCCGAGCUGGCCCUCCUGGCGCUGAUGUGCAGUAUGAGCGAGUCACAGUGUUUUUCAAUCUACUGCACUGA